UUAAUGUGUCAGUUGCUUAGCCGUUAGCUAGGUUAAUGUCUUGUGCGGUCCCUAGCUAACUAGCUUCCAACGUAUGUAAGCAUUAUCACUAGCUACGAGAAAGGGCAUCCUUCCCACCGCUAGUCUAAUGGAAGGGUGAGGGGAACGAUGCUGAGAUUCCUCCAUAUCCUUUUAACAGGCCUGUUCGGUGUUCUGUCGGAUGGAGUUGGAGCUUUUGAUGGGGUCAGACUAGUUGAUGGGGAGAACAAGUGUUCGGGCAGAGUUGAGGUUCUCCGCCACGACCAGUGGGGGACUGUUUGUGACCAUGGCUGGGACCCCCGGGAGGCUAAUGUGGUGUGCCUGGAGCUGGGCUGUGGCUUAGCUGAUUUUACUCCUCAUAGUGCAGUAUAUCGUGCAGGCACUGGACACAUCUGGCUGCAGCAAGUCCAGUGCAGUGGACAUGAGUCCAGUUUGACACGCUGUGCUAUUUUCCUCCACGGUAAUGCCUACUGCACCCAUGAAAAUGAUGCAGCGGUGAAAUGCUCAGGUACCAUGUUAAUGCCAACCCUCACCCUACUGUCACCUUACACUGUGUUCUUUCCUGGUGAGGCUGUUCGCUUCAGCUGCAGUGUUCAGCAGGGUCACAUCAGUGACUUUCACCUGUACAAGCAUGGAGUUUAUCCACCACUGGUUACACAGAGGGCGGACCACACCCAGAAAAAAGCGGAGCUGACGCUGUCUUACAUAGAGACUUUCCACCAGGGCAGCUACAGUUGUCAGUACAGGACCAAGACCAGUUUUCCUUCUCAGCUGCUCAGCUCACCACCCAGCAACUCCAUCAACAUCACUGUUGUGGAACUCCUGACUCCACAACACUGGUAUAACACGUCCACUGAGGCCCCAGCUGGUUCCGUCAUUAAAGGCCACAAUUUUAACAUCACCUGCUCCACCACGCAGCAGUACCCUGGAGGUUCCUUCCAGCUGCGUCUGAUCCGCUCCAACGGCACAGUGCGCCAGUCCCUGCCUGCCCUCACGCCGUCUGUCACUUUCACUUUUCCCAACGCCCAGAGCUCCAACGAAGGCUACUAUUAUUGCCUGUAUCGGGUCCAGCUGGGUGGUCGCACCUUUGUCUCCAGAGAAAGCCAACCCCUGCCAAUAGCUAUCAGAGACCCAGAUCCUGUACUGAGUCCAGUGGGGAUCAGCUGGCUUGUGUCGGGCCUGAUAUUUGUUGUAGCUGCCAUCAUUUUAAUCAUUGUGGCCAAGGUGCUGUGUAACAAGGAGAAGAAGCCCACCGAACUGGAGCGAGAGACCAGAACCUGUGCGGAAAACACUUAUGUUGCCUUAUCAAUUAACAAGCUAUGAUGGAGUAUGCAGGCAACAGAUCACUAAAGCAGAAUCAAGAGUGAGUGGACAGUCAGAGGGCUUCAGUCAGCAUCAAUCGUGGAUUCAGGAGACAACACAGAACCAAACAGCUCAGCCCAUCAUCCACCACACCUUCGGAGGCAGUUUUUACUGGACUCUGACACAGACCUAGAUCAUAGCAAACCUCCUGCUAGUGUGACUAUUGGGAAAACAUGGCUUUUAAGUCUUUUAUUAUGGUAAGAUAUGAACCAUUGGCCACAGAAGACUGACAGUAUGAACUAUAUCCAGUUCAAAGUCUGUAUUGGUCUCAGCUAGACUUCAGAUUCACUAGGACUUGGCUACUGCCACGGCGCCAAAUGUUUGGAGUGGAAAACGGCACCUUAGCGCUAAACUGGGGGAACUCUGAUGUGGGUCCCUCAGGUUGGUGUAUGUUUAUAAAACAUUGCUUUGUAUUUAUAACUAGGCAACACUAAUGCUAGGCUCUUCUAGCUUAUGUACUCUCUUCUACGGAGCAUUGAUCCUUAUUAGGAUUAGGAUUUUUUUGUAUUUUAAAUCUAACCCUACUAUGCAUCUUAUGUAAUUUACAAUAUGUACAUUACUGCACUAAAAACUGGUAAAUAGAAACUAGUUGAUUAAAAUGUGGCUGUUUUCGG